UAGUUUGGUUAAAUUAAAUUGAUUGAAUUUUAUAAUUUUAGUUUAUGUUUACAAAUAUUUGCGAAAUAUUUAUUUUAAAGUAAUUAAAGUAUAAAAGUGAAUUAUAUUUAAAUUAAUAUAGUGAGUUAUUUUUUUUUUUAAAAUUCGUUGCACAAAAAUUAGAAAGUUAAGAAGAAAAUAAAAAAAAUUCGUAGCCAAGCCAAGCAAUUUUUGUAUAUUUUUGAAGUAUAAACAAAAUGAAGAAUUUCUUAACGGAAGAAGAGCGUUCUAAAAUACUCGAUUUAAGAAAAUCUAAUUUAUCUAUAUAUAAAAUAUCAAGAGAAAUACAUCGAAAUAGAAAAACUGUAUCAGCUUUUAUAAAUAAUCCAGAGGAAUAUGUUAAAGAAAUGGAAGCAUAUUUGGCUAUGCCAAUGGAAGAACGUAAACAGUCAAUUAAACCGCGAAACUUAAACUCAAAAGCAAUUAAUCCAGCUUCCUUACGGAAAUUCCUCAGUGAAGCUGAACGUGAGAAAAUUGAUACUUAUAGAAGUGAAGGUAAAUCGAUAACAAGCAUAGCACAGUUAUUAGGUCGUGGAACUGUAUCAAUAAGAGCGUAUACUAAUAAUCCAGAAGGCUAUGAAGAAUUUAUCAAUAAUUCAUUAACAGAAACAGUAAAGAAAAAAAUACCAAAUUUCUUAGCGAAAAAUAGUCGUUUAAAAAUAUUAAAACUAAAAGAAAGUGGUCUAUCAUCUAGUAAAAUAGCUAAAAGGUUACGUACAUCACAUGAAAGUGUUUUGGCAUUUUUGAAAAAUCAAGAUGAUGGCAAAUAUGAAAAAUAUAUAACAUCAAUAAAAAAUACACCGCAAAAAGACGAAACGAAUUAUGAUUUUGAAAGCAAAAUGAAUGGUGCAAGUAGAACUACAGUUAAAAGAUAUUUGACUGAAGAAGAACGUUCCAAAAUACAAGAAAUGCGUGAACAGAAUACUUCACUUAAAGUAAUAUCAAGAUUAAUGCAUCGUAGCCUUGACACUAUAAAUGCAUUUUUAAAAAAUCCUCAACAAUAUGAAAAAGAAGUUCAAGCGUAUAAGGAAUUCAGAUUAUCCCGAUCUGGCAAAUCCAAUAAAUCAUAUAAAAAAUUAAAUGAUUCAUUAUCAGAAGAAGAUCUUAAAAAUUAUAAUAAAGUAAGUGUGGAACAUCGAUCAGUAAUUAAAUUCUUAGUUAAAAAAGGUUCAACAACAAAAUCUAUAUAUGAAGAUUUGAAAAAAGUUUAUGGAAAAUCAGCUCCGGAUAUGAUUUCAAUAACAUAUUGGGCACAACAAUUUCUUCAAGGACGUCAAACAGUUGUAAAUGAAGCAAAGUCAAAACAAUCAGAUGUAUUAGAACGACCAAAUGGUAUUUUAAGUAGUACCAUUAUUGCUAAUGGUAAUAGCAGCGGUAGCCCAAGCAGUGGAAAUUCAAGUAAAAAACCACCAGUUAAACUAAAAUUGUUUCAAUUUAAACUGAAACCUUCAAAAAAAGUUACGGAAUCCUAGAAUUAAGAAAAAACAACAAACAACAAAAUAAAACGGAUUUUAAUUAAAUUUAUUUUAAAUUUUAAUUUUAAUUGUUUAUUUCUUUUUUUUGUGCACAAAUUUGUUGUGUGCAUAUCUAAUACAGUUGUAAACUUUCAUACUAACAAAUAAUAAAUUUAUUAAAGAUUAAUAAUUGUAAAAUUUUAACAAAUUUUUAAAAUUUCGUAUUUAAAGAAAAAUUGACUAGAUUAAAGUAAAAAUUGUAGGUAAGUUUUUUUUUUGUCAAUUUAAGAACCUAGCUAAGUGUUUGACAUUUUU